UGCACGCGUGUUUGUGUCUUAUUCUGUUAUUCAUUCAUUACGAUUUGUUGUGUUAAAAUGGUUCUUGCAGACUUUUUAACGGAAACAAGAAAGAAAUGGCUUCAGGCUUUCAAGCUGUUCAAGCGGAAUAAAAACAAAAAGAACGCUCGAAAUCGGGUCUCUCCAGCUCUAGUGCGCUCUCCGUCAUAUAAUGGAACAGUGGACGCGCGCGCGGACAUCGACCUACAGCGCUUCUGCCCCUGUAGAACCUCCAUGCCGCCGCUACACAUCGCGAACGAGUCCUACGAGAACACAUCCUACUACAGCAGUUUCAACAGCUACGACUCGCACAAUGACAGCCUACAGAGUUACAAUAAUUCAACUUGCGACAGCUCGGGACGGUCCGACUCCGCGUAUGACUCGACGCGUAGCAGUCCCGCCCACAGCAGACCAGUUUGCUACGCGACGGUCACUUACUUUAACGUCAAUGACAGCGAGGAUAGCAGCAGCAUUCACACCGAAUACACGCUCCUUGACUAUGACCCUGACGCUGAUGAAGAUGAAAAGGCUCAGAAUAUGAUAAAUGAGAGCUUGGAAUUAGUUAGUACGCUAUGAAUUGCUUUUAGAGUUAAUUAGAGGUUAAGUUUUAUUUUAGUAACUUUCACAUUAACGAAUUUCCUAUGGUUAAGUUAAAAGAAAAAAGUGUAAAGCCGGUGUUUUAAAUCGGUAUAUAGUCUUAUUUUUAAAUACAAUGAUUUUUUAAAUAAGUAAUAUUUAUUAUUAUGAUUUGUCUUACCUGUGCUUACGUUUUGACAUUUUCGUAUUAUAAUUUCUGUAUCCGACGUUCGGUUUAAUUAUUCAAUGUCACAGUUGAUAAACAACGAAAUGACAUCACAAACAAACACAAACCAGUAUGCCUUUAAAUUAGUUUACAUCUUGAAAAUCUGUUUAUAAGCUUUGGCGCGCAAAUUAAUAUGAUUUACUUCUCAUUUGUAAAAUAUAUUCGAAUAAAAAAUUGUUUUC